AUGAAGACAUUGAUUUGUUUGUGCCGAAGCGAGACCGCGAGCAUGCCAUCAAUGUCCUUCAGGCUGCAGCUAUUAUCACUGAAAGUGCUGAGAACCGCAAGCGUUUUGUUUUUUUUCGUGGAAUCGUCACUGAAAGGGAUCACCAUGGAUAUUGAUGCCCACAACGCAUCAACGAGAACUCGAGCUAGCAAAACACCUUUCUAUUCCGAGCCAGUGCUUGAACAUGGACCCCAAAAAGCUGGUGCUCUGGGCACAGAGGAUGCGGAUGAUGGUGAUUGGAAGAGUGACGGAGGCCGCAGCAGCCAGGUAGCUCCAACACCCAAGUCGCAAGCGCUGCAGUUCCUUCUCUCCGCCUCGCAGCUCAUCCUGCAAGUCGUUAUCAAUUUUCUGAAGCCUGUCAUUCACCGCAAGGGACAUCUGGUUCCCAAGGUUGUUAUUAGCACGGGAGGAAGCAAGAGGUCUGAGAUGCUCAAGAACACCAAGCAAGGAGAAACGAGUUCUGGCGGUGGGCCUGAUGGCCCAAAAAUUGGGUUUUCAAAGAGGGAAGACCCUGGCCAGAAGCCAGAGAUGGCACUGGGGACGGAAGUUUUCGAGGCGUUUUCUGUGACUCACGAGAUGCUUGCGCCAAAAGGGAAGGCAGUGAACGAGGAUAAACGGAUGGCAGAGUUCAGCAAGCUCCUAACCAGUGUGCAAGACAAAUGCCAUUCUGUGCUCCUAGCCUUCAUCCCUUCGGUCCGCUACAUUCAGCAGACAGAGACGUCCCUGUCAGACCAAGCACAGGACGCACUGCUGCAGGUAGUGGAGGCGGUAUGGGCAGUGGUCACUGUGCUCCCUCAGUCUUGCUCUGCCUUCAUCGCCCACGAGGGGUUGCAGGUCACUCUUGGGCUGCUUGCCUGGCCUUCAUGGCUCCUGCCCUCGACCCCGUGCAUGGACCGCACCACGCUUGCGAGCAAGUUGCUAAAGGAGUACAGCCUGCAGUUCUUGGCUCUUUCCAUUAUCAAAGAAUCUGUAUUCGGCAGUGUUCCAGCAGCCCGAGCCUUGCACUCUCUCAAUGCCGUGCCACACAUUGCUCAGUUCAUCCGAUGGACCUCCUUGGUCUUUGCGAAACCUGGUGCCCUCGACUCCACCUCUCCUAGCAAUGUCGCCUCCAAACCAAGCAGUUCUGCCAAUGCUGCAUUCCCCUCUCACCCUGCUGAGCGCGGUGACCCUUUCACAGACAUGACAACUUCUGAACAGACUGGCAUGGGGAUGGGUAUGGGCAUGGAUGCUCUCUCUGCAGCGAUGAACGAGCAGCUGAGCGUGGGCGGACAGCUGGCAGCGUGGAACUUGAGGGCGGCUGCAGCUUGCAACCUGAUCAUGUCGUUUCUGUGGGAUGGGAACGAGUGGGUGCUUGCUCCCGUUCUCUCAGAAUCUCAAAAACUUGUAUCCCGCCAUAGAGGAGCAACAGCGGCGGGUGGUGGACUUGGAGAGGCUGGAAAGCUGGAUGCAAAGAGGGCAUAUGGAGAGGAGAUCAUGGCAGAUGUCAUUUCUGUGCUUCUGCACGCCUUCCACCCAGUGAAACUGGGAGACGCCGACUGGUUGGACGAUUCUGCAACAGUGAUGUUCCAAAAAUCCUCGACUGAGCUUCAGCACUAUGUGGUUCGUGUUCUUCGAUUCCUCCUGGGGUCACACGCCAAUGCGCUUAGCCACUUCCAUACCGCCAAUGUCGCGCCUGCUCUAUUCUCCCGCCCAUUCUUCUUCUUCGACUCCGUUCUGCUCUCGGAAGAAAGCACAGCUCGCACAGCAAGUGGGGCUGCUGUUGCAGGAGAUAGUAAAGCAAGUGGCGUGGAUGUGGGGGGAACAGCACGUGAAGGCAUGGCUGAAAAGCCUCCUUUCUCCAUCCCUCUUCCAUCUCCAAGACCCAUUGUCCGCAAUUCCUCUGGUCUCAGAAAUGAGUUCGGCUCUCCCAGCAUUACAACCCCACAGAACCCAGCUGCAUGGCUGAACCCUCCCAAACUGUCCACCGCUUCACCCCAGGUCCCUGCAUGGACCCCUUCUUCCAUUGCUUCUGCACGAGGCAGCCCUGAUCCUCUCACUCCAGGACCACAGGGGUUAGGCAGUCAGGAGGAAAGUGCGGGUUGGCGAGAUUGGCAGAAAGCGCAGUCAUCAAGGGCACAAGCUGCUGGGAGGACACUGGUGAAGAGCACGGGGUCGGGGGAAAGCCAUGUGAACACGCUGCAGCCUUCUGGGGCUGUCAAAAUAAAAUCCGAAGUUUUGGAUGGAGACGAGGAGUACGUUGCUCUUUCAAUCGAUCGCACUGCUGAGGAUCUUAGGAACAGCAUAGUCGCACUCGUUGAGCUCUCUGCCUCCCUGGAUUGGCAGGAGGACCUCCAACAAGAAUUCCAUGCUGUCCUUCAUGCUCUGCGCAGCUGCUGUCGAGUACCAUCGGAAACCCAGCUGCUGGCUCAUGCCCUGCAACGCAUGCUCCAGGGUGGGGACCGAAUCGUCCCCUGCCUUCUCUCCACAGCGUGCGGCGAACACAUUGGGGAGGUCAUUGAACGGCAGCAGGCUGCUUACCUCUGCAUGGAUGCUCAAGGUUUCUUUCUUGAGCCCAUGCAUGCUGUUUCAGAAGUGGCUGAGGGUCUCGUUGAUGCUGCUGACGCUGCUGCUGAUGUAACUGCAGUAGGUGGAACUGGGUCACUGAAACCUCAGUCAGCUCGUCUGUUUCUUGAAGUGGAAACACUGAGGGAGGAGUGGCAGCAAGCGAGGGAGGUGGUGCUGAAGCUGCUGGAGUCGUAUCUGGAGUGCUCGCCCUCUCUGCUGGCUCAGGCUGCCACCAGCCCACAGACGUUCAUGCCCUUGCUAUGGCUGCUGCGGGAAAAAGGCUUGCGACCCUUGGCUCUUCAGCUCCUUUCCUUGCUCAUGAAUGCCCUGGUGUCUGACCCAUCGGUUAAAUCAACUCUGUUUAAGCGGUUCUUUGAGGCCAUGACUGUGGCACGCAGUGGCAAGAAGUUAGGGGGCGCGGGUGGAGGAGACGGGCAUGGUGUGGGAAGAGGUGGAGCUGGGGCUAGUGGCACAGGGCUCAGUGCGGCAGAUGCAGCGGAACAGCUACAGGCGAUGCUGGCAGUGGUGCAGGAGGUGGUGAAGGAGGAUGAGAGCUCACUGAACCAGAACCUUUGUGUGAACGUGGACGCCUUUCCUCGCCUCAUUGGCCUGUUACGGGUGCAGUACGAGGAGGAAGCUGGCCGCUCUCUUGCCAUCAUGAUCCUGCGCACUCUCACCCUCCUUUCCGUGUGCAAUGAAGCUGCCAAGGCUCUGCUGGUCAAACAUGCUGGCCCAGGCUUCCAUUCCCUUGCGCUGUACCUGCCCUCUCAUUUUGAUGGAGCCUGCCCGCCGGUGCUGCUGAGUGCGGUCAUGGACAUGGCUAUGGACUGCCUGGCCGGGGACCAACCCCAGGGCAGCAUCCACUCUCCCAAUGCCGUCAUCCUUUGGCUCCACUUGCUGCACAAGGCCGACCCUCAACAGAUAGUGUCUGGUCUCCAGUCAUUGCACAAUCUGCUUGACCGCUCUGCUGGCAACUGUGCUGCCUGCUCCCGUGCUGGCCUCAUGUUUGACCUCCUAGAGUGGCUGGGAGAGCUGGAAGGGGAGCAUCUGGACGGCACUGAACCCAAGGAAGGCGUCCAAAUCUCGGGAAAGGGAAGGGAUAGUUUUAGGAAGCGUGUGGAUGAGACAGGGGAGCGUGGGGCGGAGAGAACGGAUAUGGUUAGCACUGGAGGUGGUAAGAAUGAGGGAGAAAGCAGAGAGCGGAUGGUGAAGCUGACCCGAGAGAAUGUGGAGGCAAUACUUGCUCUGCUGUCGAAGCUGAUAGCGAAGCUGGGGCAGCACAGCAUCAACGGUAAGGAGAUUGCUGCGAUAUUCAAGCUGAUGAGGAGCACCGCCGAUGGAUGCCGUCCCAAGAGGGUGUCGUUGCUGCUUCGCACACUCGUGGGCGUGCUAAGGCAUGAUGGUCCGGCUUCUUACUUUGAGAUGGACGGGUCUGAAUCGGGUCUUGAGAUUCCCACUGACUUCCGCUUUCCCUGCACUAAGGGCUAUACCUUUUGCUGCUGGGUACGCUGUGAAUAUUUUCCAAGCUACGAUGCAGCCAGCAUUGCCAGCAUCGCGAGCAGUGGCGGUGACAACAACAUCAGCGCGGCACGGGGCAGCAGCCUCAGAAAGAAGGGGCCGGGAAUUAGCUCAGAACCCAAGGAGCCAAGCUUGAGAUCGAUCACACGCAGGGGACAUUGGCUGGGGGAGUCAUUGAGUGUUAGUGUCCGAGAUGACAGCCCCAUGACACUCUUCAGCUUCUACACGGACCAAGGGAACGGCUGCAGUGGCUUCCUCACCAAGGAUUCCCUCCUCAUCCAUGUGGCUGGAUCACGGGACGUGAUAGUGGAGGUGCCUCACAGCAUGGCCCUGCGCCACUGGCAUCACAUCGCCAUCUCCCACUCCACCGCAACCUUCUCCUCCGCUAGCAUGCUUCGAGUCUACAUAGACGGCGUUCUGAUAGGCAAGGCUAAGUGCAGCUAUCCACGCCUGCAGGACCCUCUUAUUCGUGCUACCAUAGGAGCUUCUGCUCCUCUGCCCCAGUCGGAUUCUCGCUCCUCUAGCUUGUUCCAGACCUCACAUCCUUUUCAGGGUCAGAUUGGGCCGAUCUACCUUUUCAGUGACACACUCACUACCCCUCAGCUCUCUUGCAUCCACAAGCUAGGCCCUGGCUACAAUCACACGUUCCAACCCACGGAUGUAGCCCUCCUGCGUACACAGGUGGACAAUGCAAUUCUUGCUCUCUUUGAUGGACCAGACGCGCUCAGCUCCCGUAUCGCUCUAAGCUAUAACGCACAAGCGUAUGCCGCUGGUUUGGUUCUUGAUACCUCCCCUGCCUGGCUGCUGUCCCAGCAGCAGGCUGCUAACAGCGCUGCCGCUGCGGCUGCAUUGGCCCGUGCGAGUGUCUCCCCUGUGCGUGUGUUUGAUGCAGCGAUGCUUCCAGGAGUGCAGCGGUGCCAUCGGCAACGGCUGCAGCAGGUGUUGAGCACAGUGGGUGGCGUUUCCGCCCUCUUGCCUCUCUUCACGCAGCUAGAUCUGCCAGUUGUGGGAAGUGAUAGCAGCAUGGGGGAGGGAAGGGUGGUCGAAGGGGAUGGGCAGUUGGCAGUGGAUAUUAUCAACCUGCUCACAGAGCUGCUGGCUGGGAGCACGGGGAGUCAGCAGGCGAUGCUGUCUAUUGGGGGUUUCUCCGUGAUCAACUUCUUGUUGCAGCAUGUGUCACCCACACACCUGACAGCUAGUCUUGUGCUCACACUGGAGAACAUGUUGGACUCAUUCGCAGAAGAAAAUGAGAAAAGCCUUCGGGAGCGGAUGGUGCGUGGUGUCAUCCUCUCUCUCUAUAUGGACGCCUCCCUUUGGAUCUACGCGCCCUAUAUCGUCCAGCGAGAACUCUUUGAAUCCCUUCAGCGCCACAUGGAGCGUCAACCCUGGCUCGUGCCUUCCGUCUGCUCCAUUCCUCGCCUCCUAGACAUAGUUCGUCGGGUUUACUGGGACAAGCCACAGGGUCGACACGCCAUCGGGGUGAAGCCCCUGGUAGAGCCUGUCACUCGGCGUGUGCUUGGCACACGCCCACUGCCUCAGCAAGUGGCCAAGCUGCGAUUGCUGGUUCUGAGUCUGAUGAAGAACAUUCUGAAAGGCGGGUUCACAGAGGCAGAUGUGAAGGCGCUGGUGGUGUACAUGGAAGCGAGCAAGGACGCUGGGGCAGUUAAGGAUGUGCUGCAGACAAUCUUCGGGCUCAUAGCACAGCCCAACCUUGCCAAGUCGUUUCUGGAGCACAUAUCAGCACAAGCCGGGCUACAAACCUUUGUUGGACUGCUUGCUCGGCCGCAAGAAGAGAUCCGCCUCCUCGCCCUGUGCCUCAUACUCACCCUGAUGGACGAAACUAAGAAGCAGGGCCCAGCAGCCAAAGCUGAUACUAGGGGGGCAUCUGGCAGAGGAAGCUCAGGAAGAAGUCGCGGCUCGGCACGGGCAGGAGGGUUAGGGAGGAAUUGGCUUGGGAUGAAGGAGGAGGAGGAGGAGGAGGGGGAUGAGGACGAACUUUGGGAGGUGGAGCAGGAGGGAAAGGUUCUUCUUGACCUUAUGUGUCAGCAUCUGAUGCCAUACGGCCUUUCUCCUGGGCUUGAGACUCUGCUCUUUGAGCUUCUGCUGGGAGCUUCACCCACGGAUCAGCAAUCAAUUCGCACGCACAUGCAUGGGGCCAUAGUUCACAAAAAGCUUCCGCCCAAGAGCUCUCAUGCCAUUCCUUCUCGCAUGCCUAUGCCAUCAGCCGGACAGUUGGCACCAACUAAUGCCGCAGCACCGGCAGCAGAAACUGCAGCAGCAGAGGGAGAGACACCAGCCUUUGGCAUGCCCCGCAGUGCCUCUGCCCCGCAGGCCCCUGAGCCUGAGCCACAAGGAACAGUUAAAGGCGGAGCUGCGCGAGCUCAUGGAGAAGUUGGAGGACAGUCGGCAGUCAGGGAGAUAGCGUCAGAUCCAGUGCGGACAGCUCCAGGCGUAUCCACCUCCUUUAGUAACUUCACGUCUGGAGGCAAGCCCUCCCCCUGGGGCAUCCUUCCUCGCAAGGGCGGAGGAGAUGCAGGCAGUUCGCGUAAGUCAAUAGUGAAACCUGAGAUGCUAAGGCUGCUUCUGCCACUUAUGGUUGGACAGCUGAGGUUGGCGGCCAGCUCAUCCGGAGCAGCUACCAGAGGGGCCGUAGGCAGAAGCAGCUCAGGCAGCAGGCCGGGAAGUAGCAGCAGUGCCGUUGGGGAGGGUAGUUUGUCAGCACGGGGAGUGAAGGUGGUGGAGGAUACGCUGAAAAAGCUGGCCCCAAGGAACUCCGGGUCAAAUGCCGAGGACGCAGUGAAGGGUGAGGAAGGGCAGCCGCCGCCGCCUCUUCAGCCUGGGGGAGGGUUGGAACUGGUGUGGGUGCAUGUGCGGCGCAUUUUCCUGGCAGCGCACUCGUUUGCAGUGCAGAAGGUGCAGGGCGGGUGGAGGCAUGUGGCGGAAACUGUCAACGUUUUGCGCAUCUAUGGUGAACGGGGCAAGCUGCCAUACGCGGGUCUUCUGCGUGUGCUGCUGGGCGAGUUGCUGGGCGUGGUGCCUCUGCUGUGCUCCACGCGGGACCAUCUGCUGGAACAGCCCGUGCACGCCAACCUGCUCUACCUCUUCGUCCUCGUGCAAGAGCUCGUCAUUCGUGACUCCUGCUACAUCUUCCCUCCUCGCCACCUGCCAGAGGAAAACUCAGAAAAGGCUGUCGAUCCUUCCAGGCGGAGUGUCACCGGUGAUGCUUUUGAGAGGAGAAGUGAUGGCAAUAGUACCGCUGGCGAUGGCAGUGCUAAUGGUGGUGGUAUUGAGGGUGGGGAAAGGGGGAACGGGGAAGGGAGUCGAGAGGAGGAUGCGGAAGCUACAGGAACAGGCGAAGGCGAGCAGGGGACAUGGAGCAGUGUGGAUCGGAGUGCGCUUUCCACUAUCUUCCAGCACAUGCUUCCUGAUGACAAUGCGGGCUCUGCUGCCGCCAGUGCAGAGCUUACAUGCAGUAACUUGGGCUCCAAGGUGGUUGAAAGCAAGUGGCGGGUGUACGAGCACUUCUGGACGGUCAUUACCAUCAUGCACAACAAGGCCGAGGCAGCAGAGGCCCUUGCUGCAGGCAUGCUCCAAUCUGACGAUGAUGACCCUGAAGCACUACAUCUGCCAGUCCACCCAGCGUUCCUCCCACAUCCUCAGCCACCCUCGCCUCCUCACCGCUCCUUCCUCCAGCCCAAACCCGAUUCCUCAGCUGCUUCUGCUGCCGCGCCGCACGGGCAGCAGGGGAGUGGGAGACAUGGGAGCGACAAGGGGAGUGGGAGACAAGGGCUGUUGCGAAGCUUAACGGUCACAACAGAGGCUGUAGAGACUGAGAGGUCAGCAGGCGAGGUGGCAUUGGAGGAGGUAGAGGAACAGAUGCUGGACUUGGCUCGGCAGGGGUGUCCGUGGUUUGUGCUGCGCCUUGUGUUGAUCUACAUGUUUGAAGCUGAGCUGCCCGCGCUCCAUCGCUGCCUGAACCACUUCGUGGUGCUCCUGCCUGUUGUCUUCCCUAAUGAUGAUGACAACCGCCUGCACAACCAGGCGCACCUCUUUAUCUGGGCACUUCUUGAAGCCAGGGCGCUAGUGGGUGACAUGAAUGACGGGGCACGAGGCCACAUCAUAGCCCAGUGCACUCGUGACGUCUUCCUAGCGAUCAUGCCCAUCCUGGCACGCUGCAUCGAUGAACGGGGCGGCCCUCCCGCGUACACUCCUGUGGACUUUUCUCUGAUGACAGGAGGCAUGCUGGAUGAUGAGGGGGGGGGGGAGGAAGAGGAGGAGGAGGAGGAAGAUGAUGAGGAUUCGAAUGAGGAAGUUUUUGCUUAUGGAAUGGGAAGUAGCAGCAGUGGCACAGGGCGUGGGGCAGCUGAAUCGUCUGGGCUCUCUGAGGCAGGGUCGCAGGGUGCAGCAGGAGAGGGGGAGCAGCAGAGGCAUCCUCUUUAUGAAGUGAUCCAUGCCGACAGAGUGCGCAGCGCAUCUGAUAAGCAAAGUAGCAAAUUCCCACCCUCUACUCUUCUCUUUCUCCACAUCAUAAAGAUGUCUCACACGCCUUCGCCUCUUGCACCCUCCCCGUCUGUGUUUCCUCAGGCACGCACCGAGUGCGAACACGUCAUGUUCAUCGUGACCUCACUGAACGACAGCCUGGUGGACAUCCAGCCAAACAUAGAAGCAUGGGAGGAGGCUCAGCAGGAGCGACGGCAGGAGGUGGAGCAGCAGCGACGGAGCGUGCUCGGCGGGAUGAUGGAGCAGGAAGCAAAGCGACGAGCGGUCGCGACCCUUGCGUAUGCUGAGCAGCUGCAGAACGCCAAGGCAGUGUGGAACACCCUGUACCGGCAGAUGACCAGCGAAAGGGGCCCAUGGUACUCUGGCCCGUCGCCUGACGACCCUCCACCCCGCUGGAAGCUGGAUAAGUCAGAGGACCCUCAGAGGCGUCGAUUCCGCAUGCGUCCGAACUACCGGUUUGACGAAAACUUUUGCAUUGGUGUUGGAGAGGAGGGGAAUCGGGGAGGGGGGAGUAAAGAGAAGGGUGGUGGAGGUGAGGAAGGGAAAGGGGGAGACAAGACGUCAGAGGGGAGUUGGUUGGAGUCGUCUAGUGCCUCUGGGCCGGAUGCCAGGAGUUUUCGUAGGUACACGAGUGACGCUGCUGCUUCAGUGGCGGGAGAUGCUUUGACAUCUAUUGGCGGGAGCAGCUUUGGCAUGGGGGAUGGAAUGGUGCGAGGAGGAUCAGUGGGAGGGGAUAUGCAGCAGCAUGGGAGGGUGGUGUCGAGUUUGAACGUGGACCGGGACUUGAUGGAGGAGAUGGCGCUGCUGCAGCAGAGCAACGAGCAGAGCCAGUCAGAGAAGCGGGGGAAGAAAGGCGUGCAGCAGGGGGGGGUGGAGGGGACAGGUGUGGCCAGCAGUGCUGGUGGUUUUCCCGCAGAAGGCACGUCAGGGGUAUUGGAAGAGAUCCCCUGCAUCCUCCUGACCACCAAGCGCAAGCUGGCGGGCCGUCUGCACAUCUCCCACACGGAGCUGCACUUCUACGUGGACUUUGCCAUGGACAGCACUGAAGAUUUCCUUCUCUUCCAUCCCGAUGGCUCCCUCCACAACCCCCACUCCGUCUCCUCUGGCUCCGUUUCUGGCGGAGAGAAAAUCCCUCCUAAAGAGCGAUGGAAGCGUGUGAUACAGAAACUGUUGUUUGUAGCGAGGUUCCAGCCAAAUGAAAAGACUCUGGAGAAGGUGACAGUAAGGAUGCGCAAGCACACGGAUAUUCUGGAUGAUGUGAAGAUGCACCGCAUGUGGUCGCUCUCUGAGCUCGCUCGCAUCCGCAUAACACGCUACCUCCUCCGCACAUCCGCCUUCGAGCUCGAGUUCUCCUCGUCGCAGCCCCCUGCCUUCUUCUCGUUCUCCUCGCCUCAGCUAGCUGACAAAGUCGCCCACCGUAUUCUGGCUAUCGCCAACCGCGGGACGACGGCUCGCAGCAGCAAGCUGGUUGACUUUGUGGACAGGAAGAGAGGACAGGAACUGGCAGAGAAGGCGAGGUCCCAAUGGAGCAAGCGGAAGAUCUCCACCUUUGAUUACCUCAUGAUCCUUAACACCCUGGCUGGGCGCACGUACAAUGAUCUGAUGCAGUACCCUGUUUUCCCAUGGGUUAUUGCGGAUUAUACCUCGACCAAGCUGGACUUGUCGAAUGCAGCGACGUUUCGAGAUUUGAGCAAGCCGGUUGGAGCACUGAACCCCAAGAGACUAGAGGUAUGUGUGGAGCAGGAACCUGGGUGGGAGCGAUCUCCUCUCAUUUGUCCCUUGAACUUGCUGGUAUUUCUUUCCACUCACCUGCUGCAGCUGUUCAAGGAGAGAUAUGACAGCAUGGAUACGGACAUUCCAGGCUUCCUGUACGGAUCGCAUUACUCGUCUGCGGGUGUCGUGCUCUACUUCCUCAUCCGCAUGGAGCCCUUCGCCACGCUCCACCGGCUGCUGCAGGGGGGCCGCUUUGACCAGGCAGAUCGUCUGUUUGACAGUGUGGCGUCGGCAUGGGACAACUGCCAGAGCAACACGAGCGACGUGAAGGAGCUGCUUCCAGAGUUCUUCUACCAGCCGGAGUUUCUGCGCAACAGCAACUGCUUCGACCUGGGCCUCAGGCAGGACGGGCAGGCACUUGACGGUGUCAUCCUGCCUCCCUGGGCCAAGGGCUCCCCGGAGGAGUUUGUGCGGCUGCAGCGAGAGGCCCUGGAGAGUGAGCACGUGAGCGAGAGGCUGCACCAAUGGAUCGACCUUGUCUUUGGCUACAAGCAACGGGGGGAGGCGGCUGUUCAGGCUGACAACGUGUUCUACUACCUCACCUACGAGGGCGCUGUGGACAUUGAUGCAAUCACGGACCCGACCAGGCGCACAGCCAUUGAACAGCAGAUUGCCGCUUUCGGCCAGACCCCCAUCCAGCUCUUCACCCGCCCUCACCCCGAACGCGGCCCACACCUCCAAAUCACCCGCCCACUCCACUUCUUCCCCUCCUCAAUCUCCCUCUCCGCAAUCAUCCCAGCUCUCCCCACCCCGGCUGCUUCCUCCCCUGUGGCUCCUGCUUAUGCUGGGGGUGUCGGGAGUCCUGGGGGGAGGACGAGGGGGGGCAAGGGGAGGUCGGAGGAUGAUAUGGCGGUGGUGUUUAUCGGGGUGGUGGGGCGCAUGGUUGUGAGUGUGACGAGGGGGCAGGUGCUGACAGUGCGCUCUUGGAAUGCUCCAAAGAAGGGCGUGAAAGUGGGCACGGACUAUAGCAUCAGCAUGGGCGACCCGAGCCGAGUGUGCAGGAUUGGAGCGCCUCUCUCUGCUCCAGGAGCUAGCAGCCAUGGAGACUGCUUCGGGAUUGUACCAGGAGCCACCUCAGUAUUCCUCUUCUCUGGAGGCCACUGGGACAAUGCCAUUCGCAGCACGUCUGUCGACGAUGCUGCCACUGUUCAGGCGCUGCAGCAGCACAGUGACCUCGUCACUUGUCUUUCAGUGUCAAACGACGGUAACUGGUUGGCCACAGGCAGCCGAGACACAACAGUCAUGAUCUGGCGCAUCGACCACCUGGGAGCGCACACGCAUGCUCAAGGCGACCCCUUCAUUUCCUCCAAGCCCCGCGCAGUGCUCUGCUCCCACGACGAUGCUGUCACAGCCGUCAUCGCCUCUUCUGAGCUAGAUUUGGUUCUCUCCGCCUCUCUGGACGGCUCCCUCGUCUUUUCCACUCUCCGUGCCGCCCGGUUCCUGCGGUCGCUGCAACACCCCAACGACUGCGCGAACGAGGCGCUGAGAAUCGCCCUCUCUGCGCCUCUUGCUCGCGUUGCAGUCUACUCUGACGCCGCCCGCAUGCUCCAUGUGUGCUCCAUCAAUGGGGAGUGGCUGGAACAUGCACUAGUGGACGAACCGAUCACGCAUCUUACCAUGUCUCGUUGUGGAGAGUUCCUUGUCACGGCAUGCAGCGCAGGGUGGGACACUGGAGGAGCGGGUGGCGGAAGGGGGGUGGGUGGCAGUGGUCGGGGAGGGGGAGGUUCAGAAGCUGGGAUGGUAGUGGUGAGGUCCAUGCAUACACUGGAGCCAUUGCUGCUGUUUGAUGGUGUGGGGUCGCCUGCCGCAUCAAUCACGACAACUGAUGAGGAUGCCAUCCUUGUUGGGCUGGAAGAUGGCAGGAUGCUGCUGUAUGCUCUCAAACUCUCCUCACAUUAG